AUGGGGAAGAAGGUGAACAAGGAUGCUUUCAAGACUGUAUUAUCACGAAUCUGGCGCACGUUGGGAGGUGUAAUAUUCAAGGAGCUGGAUGAUAAUAUCUGGCUGUUUGAGUUUGAAGACGUGGAUGGCUUGAGACGAGUUCUGGAAGGCAGGCCAUGGUCUUUUGAUCGGCAUAUUCUUGUCCUUAAUGAAUUUAACGGAAGCACGCCUCCAUCACAGAUGGCUUUCACGCACUCUCCUUUUUGGGUGCAAAUACACGAUAUGCCAUUACUAUGCAUGACUAAAGGCGUAGGUACCAGAAUAGGAGAAUCAAUGGGGCAGCUAGAGCACACUGAUCUGGCGGGGGACGGGGUAGGAUGGGGAAGGUGCCUGCGAAUCCGAGUGGUGAUUGAUUUAUCCAAACCUCUGGAGCGGGGACGUGCCCUCAUGUUGGAAGGAAAAUCCCACUGGGUUACCUGCAGAUACGAAAAGUUGCCCAUGGCUUGUUUUGACUGUGGCAGGGUCAUUCAUGGCGAAAAGGGAUGCCCUAUACCACAGAAUACAAAAACAAAUACUAAGGCGGAAGGGAGAGAGUGGGGACUAUGGCUCCGGGCGGAUGAUGGGCAACGAAAAAGAGUCGGGGGAGAUGAUUCUGGUGCCGGUGGGGAGAAAUCCAGCAAGUAUGGCGACAUGGGGGAUGUCAGCGCCGAGCUGCAUAGCAGGAACAAGUACAUGGGGUCCUCCAAAUUUUCUGGAAACCCUAGCCAAAAAUCGUGCUCCAAUUAUAGUACCAGAAGCGGAGAAUCCCCAUCUUUCCAUAAUGGAGCUGCAGGAGGGGCGAAAAACAAGGGAAAGGAGAAGAUAGCGGAAUCGACUGGACAGACUGCGGAAAAUCAGGGAUCCCAUGCAAAUCAUAUGCCUGACGUGGGAGCAGUAUACGCUACUGAGGUGGUGGGAACUGAUAGCGGAGAGGAAGAACAAGAUAGUGGGCUAAAAAAGGAAGCUAAGAUGGGCUUGAGUAAUAAUAUGGGCCAAUCAGAUGGAGACAAAAUGUUGGACUUGCAUGAUCUUACUCCCACACCUACUUAA